UCACAUGAAUUGAGGUAUAUGCUCUUUUGUCCGCCCUACCAUUUCCUUAUAAAAGCAGGAUGAUGCAUUAGGCUCUUAUUCCCUCGAUUCACUACUGUUUCCCAAAAUAUUCAAUAUGGCCACAAAAAUCGAAGUUGAAAUAAUAGAGAACCAAACAGUUAAACCAUCCUCCCCAACUCCUCAUCAACUUAGAAAUUUUAAGCUCUCAGUUUUGGACCAGAUGGCUCCCGUAGUUCAUGUCCCACUACUUCUCUUCUAUCCCAAUAUUGCUACUACUCAUUCCAUGGCCAUGAAUGAAAGAUGUCAGCUUCUAAUUCAAUCAUUAGCCAAAGCUCUCACUCACUUCUACCCCCUUGCCGGAAGAUUAGUUGAAGGCAAUUCCACGAUUGAAUGCAACGAUGAUGGAGCUGAAUUCAUCAUAGCCCGUGUCAACUGUUCCUUAGCGGAUAUUUUGGAACCCCCGGAUGUCGUGAUGCUAAACCAGUUCCUUCCAACCGAAGGAAAAGGCCCAAUGCUUCUUGUGCAAGUCAACUUUUUCGAGUGCGGUGGAAUGGCAAUCGGAUUCAAGAUUUCACAUAAGAUUGCUGAUGGCUUCACAGUAUUCACAUUCAUCAAAUAUUUGUCCACAAUAGCACUUCAGUCCAGCGACAGUGAUCAGGUGGUAUUGCCUCCAGAAUUUGGUACUGCAUCUCAUUUUCCACCACUAGAUUUUUCGAACUCAUCACAGCCGACACCAAUGACCAAGAAAUUUCACCAAGCACGGAAGUGCAUAACAGAGAGGUAUGUGUUUGAUGCGUCAAAAAUUUCUACUCUCAAAUCUGAUGUAGCCAGUUCAAUUGUUCCCAAUCCUACACGUGUGGAAGCGGUUUCAGCACUCAUUUGGAAAUGUGCAAUGGAAGCGUCAAGAUCAAACUCGGAGUCCCCAAGGCCAUCCAUGUUCCAUCAAGGUGUGAACUUGCGCAAAAGGUUUGUGCCGCCUUUGCCAGAAAACUUGGCUGGGAACAUCGUGGGCCGUUUUACAUCGAAGGUUGAAGAGUCUGCGAUGAUAGAUCUAAAAGACUUGGCUGCUAAGUUCAGGAAAGGGAUUGAACAAAUGAAAGAAAAGUAUGCUGCAAAAGUAGUAUUUGAUUCUAAUGUAGCAUGUCAGGAGCGAACAGACUUCUGCAAAAACGUGCUAGAUAAUGGUGGGAUAGAAAAUUAUGCCUGCACCAGUUGGUGUAGGUUUCCUUAUUACGAAACUGAUUUCGGAUGGGGAAAGCCGGCAUGGGUGAGCUUAACUAGUUUCUCAGUUGCGAAUGUAAUUGCUUUGUUGGACAAAAGAGAUUGCAAGGGAUUAGAAGCAUGGGUGACAAUGAGUGAAGAAACCAUGGCCAUCCUUGAAAGCAAUGUGGAACUGCUUGGAUAUGCUUCUGUAAAUCCAAGUGUCACCUACUGAAAAUAUAAUUGUAAGAGACUCAUUUUUUCCGUUUUUGUGUUCUUACAUUAAAAUAUGUAUUGUUUGCCCCAAGUAGUAGUUCUAGAAUUAUGGAAUCCGUUUUAGUCGA